AUGAGUCCCGGAAACGUGGCCGUGUACCACGGAAGCAAGAUGAAGGUGAUUGAUCGGAGAGUGAGGGUAACGGAGCUGCUCUUAAGGUGUUCCAUUAGCUGCCUCUCUCUCCUCGCACUCCUUCUGGUUGUUACAGACACUCAGGUCAAGCAAAUCUUCACCAUCGAGAAGAAGGCCAAGUACACCGACAUGAAGGCUCUCGUGUUCUUGGUGGCCGCCAACGGAAUCGCUGCGGUGUAUUCUCUGUUGCAAUCAGUUCGUUGUGUGGUGGGUUCAGUGAAAGGAAGCGUUUUGUUCAGUAAGCCUCUGGCUUGGGCCAUUUUCUCCGGCGACCAGGCUAUAGCGUACUUAAGUGUGGCGGCCAUAGCAGCAGCUGCAGAGUCUGGUGUGUUUGCAAUGGAAGGUGAGGACGACCUUCAGUGGAUGAAGUUGUGCAAUAUGUAUGGCAAAUUCUGCAACCAAAUGGCUGUAGGAGUGGCUAGCGCCUUGUUUGCAGCCGUUGCAAUGGUCUUCGUCUCUUGCAUUUCCGCUUUUAGUCUCUUCCGAUUGUACGGUGCCAACAAAGACCGCCGGACCGCGCCCUGGUGA